GGAGGCGAAAAAGUUUCUUUGCGGGCAAGCUUGCGGACGCUGCUCGGGCUGCAACUCUGCCACAAUUUGGCGGUACUUUUCUGUUUCUGUCCUGCUGCUCCGGGGCAUGAGAGGGCUUUGGUGCUAGGAGUAAAAGAAGUUUAUCUGGGAGCUCGAGAGAGGAGCACGCGGCUGGCAUCAGGGCGUUCACUCGUGGCUGGAAGUUUGUAACCGAGCCCGAGUUCGCGCCGGCUGCGGAGCGCCGGGCCGAGCUAGAGGCCUCGGGACCACGAUGUGCGCGCCGAAGCUUCGUGCGCCCGCGGCGGCGCUGGGACUGCUGCUGUGCGCGGCGCUGGGCCGCGGGAGCCCGGGCGAAGGCAGUCUUCUUGGCGGCCGCGGUGCACUCGGGCAGCCCUCGGAGGUUGCCACCGAGCACCCGUGUCCAGCUCCCUGCCGCUGCCUCGGGGAGCUGCUGGACUGCAGUCGCCAGCGGCUGGCUAGUCUUCCCGAGCCACUCCCGUCCUGGGUCACUCGGCUGGACCUAAGUCACAACAGAUUAUCCUCCAUCAAGGCAAGUUCCAUGAACCACCUUCAAAGCCUUCGAGAAGUGAAACUGAACAACAAUGAAUUGGAGACCAUUCCAAAUCUGGGACCAGUUUCAGCAAAUAUCACACUUCUUUCCUUAGCUGGAAAUAGGAUUGCAGAGAUAUUACCUGAACAUCUGAAACAAUUUCAGUCCCUUGAAACUUUGGAUCUAAGCAGCAACAAUAUUUCGGAACUUAAAACUGCAUUUCCACCCCUUCAACUCAAAUAUCUGUACAUCAACAGCAACCGAGUCACAUCCAUGGAACCUGGGUAUUUUGACAAUUUGGCCAACACACUCUUGGUGUUGAAGCUCAACAGGAACCGAAUCUCAACUAUCCCACCCAAGAUGUUUAAACUGCCCCAGCUGCAACACCUUGAACUGAACCGAAACAAGAUCAAAAAUGUAGAUGGACUCUCAUUCCAAGGGCUUAGUGCUCUGAGGUCUCUGAAAAUGCAAAGGAACGGAGUAACAAAACUUAUGGAUGGAGCUUUUUGGGGCCUCAGCAACAUGGAAAUCUUGCAGCUGGACCACAACAACCUAACAGAGAUUACCAAAGGCUGGCUUUAUGGCUUGCUGAUGCUGCAGGAACUUCAUCUCAGCCAGAAUGCCAUCAACAGGAUCAGCCCUGAUGCCUGGGAGUUCUGCCAGAAACUCAGUGAGCUGGACCUAACUUUCAACCACUUAUCGAGGUUAGAUGAUUCAAGCUUCCUUGGCCUCAGCCUACUAAACACAUUGCACAUUGGGAACAACAAAGUCAGCUACAUCGCUGACUGUGCCUUCCGGGGGCUUUCCAGUUUAAAGACUUUGGACCUGAAGAACAAUGAGAUUUCAUGGACUAUUGAAGACAUGAAUGGUGCUUUCUCUGGGCUUGACAAACUGAGACGCCUAAUACUCCAGGGGAACCGGAUCCGGUCUAUUACCAAAAAAGCCUUCACUGGCCUGGAUGCAUUAGAACAUCUAGACCUGAGUGACAACGCGAUUAUGUCAUUACAAGGAAAUGCAUUUUCACAAAUGAAGAAACUUCAACAACUGCAUCUAAAUACAUCAAGUCUUUUGUGUGAUUGCCAACUAAAAUGGCUCCCACAGUGGGUGGCAGAGAACAACUUUCAGAGCUUUGUAAAUGCCAGUUGCGCCCAUCCUCAGCUGCUAAAAGGAAGAAGUAUUUUUGCUGUUAGCCCAGAUGGCUUUGUGUGUGUGCUUCCCUCAUUCACCAAAACCCCCAUGGACCUCACCAUCCGAGCCGGGGCCAUGGCACGCUUGGAGUGCRCAGCCGUGGGACACCCCACUCCUCAGAUAGCCUGGCAGAAGGACGGAGGUACUGACUUUCCUGCCGCAAGGGAGAGACACAUGCACGUGAUGCCCGAGGACGACGUGUUCUUCAUCGUAGAYGUGAAGAUAGAGGACAUUGGGGUGUACAGCUGCACAGCUCAGAACAGUGCAGGAAGCAUUUCUGCAAAUGCAACUCUGACUGUGCUGGGUAAGAGGAUUCCUGGCCACUYUGCAGUUUGUGUCAGUCCUGCAAAUAUUAUGGGCUCACACCAGAGCCUUGGUGGGAAGAAAAUCGUAGGGCACUGUCUCCCUCCGCCCAGACUGAACUGGACCAAAGAUGACAGCCCUUUGGUGGUGACCGAAAGACACUUUUUUGCAGCAGGCAAUCAGCUGCUGAUUAUCGUGGACUCUGAUGUCAGCGAUGCUGGAAAAUACACGUGUGAAAUGUCCAAUACCCUUGGCACUGAGAGGGGCAACGUGCGCCUKAGUGUGAUCCCCACUCCCACCUGCGACUCUCCUCAGAUGACCGCCCCGUCUUUGGAUGAGGACGGCUGGGCCACCGUGGGCGUGGUGAUCAUAGCUGUGGUUUGCUGUGUGGUGGGCACGUCGCUGGUGUGGGUGGUCAUCAUAUACCACACCCGGCGGAGGAACSAGGACUGCAGCAUUACCAACACAGAUGAGACCAACUUGCCAGCAGAUAUCCCUAGUUAUUUGUCAUCUCAGGGAACGUUAGCCGACAGACAGGAUGGGUACAUCUCUUCAGAAAGUGGAAGCCACCACCAGUUCGUCACUUCGUCAGGAGGUGGGUUUUUCCUACCACAACAUGACAGUUCUGGGACCUGCCACAUUGACAACAGCAGUGAAGCUGACGUGGAAGCUGCCACAGAUCCGUUCCUCUGUCCCUUUUUGGGAUCUUCAGGCCCUGUAUAUUUGAAGGGGAACGUGUAUGGCCCAGAUCCCUUUGAAGCCUAUCAUGCAGGUUGCAGUCCAGACCCAAGAACAGCUUUAAUGGACCACUAUGAGCCUGGUUACAUAAAGAAAAAGGAGUGCUACCCGUGUUCGCAUUCCUCAGAAGAACCCUGUGAGCGGAGCUUCAGUAACCUAGGGUGGCCUUCUCACAUGAGGAAGGUCAUUCACUCCGGCUACUCUCAGAAUGAAGGGCCUGCGAUGAAAAACGUGUGUCUGAACAAGUCCUCUUUAGAUUUUAGUACAAAUCCAGAGCCAGCGUCAGUGACUUCAAGUAAUUCUUUCAUGGGUACAUUUGGAAAGCCUUUGAGGAGACCUCACCUAGAUGCCUUUUCAAGCUUUGGACAGCCAUCGGAUUUUCAGCCCAGAACCUUUUGCUUGAAAGCUCCUUCUUCCCCUGACUUGGAUUGUGAGUCAGAGGAAGAGAAAGAAAGGACAGAUUUUCAGGAAGAAAAUCACACUUGUACUUAUAAACAGACCUUAGAAAACUACAGGACUCCAAAUUUUCAGUCUUGUGACUUGGACACAUAGACUGAAUGGGACCAAAGAAAAGCUUUAACAUACUACCUCAAGUGGACUUUUAUUUAAAAGAGAAAGAAUCCUAUGUUUUUAAAUGGAGUUAUGAAUUUUAAAAGGACAGAAUGCCUUAUUUAUACAGAUGAACCAAAAUUACAAAAAGUUAUAAAAAUUUUAUACUGGGAGUAACUUUCAUAUAAAAAUACCUUUUAAAGUAUUUUAUAACUUUGUUUUAUGCAAAAAAACCUUAUGUAAAUUAAUGGUAUAAAUCCACAACUAUUUUAUGUAUUUUUAUAAUGCCAGAAUUCUUUUUAUUGAAAAUGAGUACUAAAGCCUUUUAAAUAAU